AUGACGGAAAAAGCCAAGUCUACCGAGGAAUUAUCAGGCGAACUAGUUCAGGCACAGGAGAACUCCGAACCUCAAGAGCAACUUGCUGCUGCUGUUGACGAACUGUUGGAUCAGCUCCAACACAAAUUCGACCAUGUCUCGAGGGAAAUUUACGGGAAACUGGACGAUAUGGCACGACGCCUUGACGAACUGGAAGCUUCGUUUGCCGUGGCUGGAGAUGCGACGAUAGCUAGUUCAGGCUGA